AAUACUCGAGAAAUGGGCCUUGCAUUGUCUGAGAAAUGGAGAUAGAAAUGGAAGAUCUAUGUGAUAGCUGCUCGUAUGACGAUCUGGACCAAGAGGUGAUGCGCCUCAUCAGUCAGUUCAUCCUCGCCUGAUGCGAGGAGAGACCACGCAUUGCAACAGGUUGCACAUUUUUCUGAGUUUCCCAAAAGCGUCCUGGACACCUAGCCAAUAUAUCAGAACAGUGAAAAUGAAUAGUGAAGUUCGAAUGUGAGCGCAAGCACUCUCCCAAGACUGGUGGGAGCGAGAAAGCCGCGGGAACAGCCGCCUGGAGCUUCCGCAACAAGGUCGCAUCAGAGAUGUUUGCCCGAGCAGUCCGCCAUUGCACGCAACAUUUCCCAUCCACUCCAUCUUCCUCACACAACACAACACCGGCACCAUGUUCCGCACCGCUCUCCUCCGCGCCACACGAGCAGCCGCUCAAUCGAGCGUGCGCGCCGCACCAGUCGCCAGAACUGCUGCCAUCCGCAGCCCCUUCGUCACAUCCCGCAUCUCCAGCCCAGCAACCCGAAUUGCUGCGAUACGGUGUUAUGCCACCUCGUCAGGGCUCGGUCAGGAGGAGGUGACGGGUCGCAUUCUCGAUUUGCUGAAGAACUUUGACAAGGUCCAGGAUCCAUCAAAGCUCUCUGCUUCUUCGCACUUCACGAACGACCUCGGAUUGGACAGCUUGGAUACCGUGGAGGUGGUUAUGGCGAUAGAGGAGGAGUUCAGCAUUGAGAUCCCAGACAAGGAGGCAGAUGCGAUCCACAGCGUGAGCCAAGCCGUCGACUACAUCAUGAAGCAGCCAGAUGGCGACUUUUAUGGAAGAGAGACACGCAGAGAUGGCGAAGGAAUAGUCGUAGUCGGUCCAUGAAGAAGGCAUGAGACAUGGACGUGCAGAUGAGCUCUUGCGAAGGCGCAUUGUACAUUGUAGGCCGAGAGAGCAGCAGCAGCAGCAUGCCAUAAAUUUGUACCAUCAUCGUCAGACAUCUUUCGCUGUUUCGUGGCUGUCUGACGGAGAGUCCCAUUGGCGCGGUCGCUCCGAAAUUAUUCGGCAACAUGUGGAGCGCGACGACGUGUUGUCCUGAA